AUGAAGACAAGUCUACUUACCAUCCCAAGCAAAAAGACCGAGGAGGUCUCCUGGGUAAAGCCACUCAACAACUACCUACUCUCGAUAUAUGGAAACACUUCGGCUUACCAGACGGACAUAACUUCGUUUGAAAAGUUACGUCAAGAUAUCAGGGGCGUUCAUGCCGACAACACCGGAUUGAGAUUGUACUUUAAAUACUAUAGCCAGUUGGAAGUAUUGGACGUCAAGAUCCAGUUCUCGGUGUUGAAUAAAUCAAAGAAGUUGGACUUUGUUUGGCAUGACGCAUUUUCGCCUGAAAUCACCCACGGGCAAAAUGCCUUGCCAUUUGAGAAAGCCAACGUGUUGUUCAACAUUGGUGCAUUGUUGGCCAAGUUUGCCAUUACAAAGUACAAUGAACUGCAAAGUAGUAACGGAGCUGCCACUGUGAAAGAUGCCAUCGUUAUGUUACAGCAAGCGGCAGGAAUCUACGAGUACUUGAAUGAGAACUUCUUGCAUGCGCCUAGUGACGACUUGAGCCAGUCAACGAUUCGAUUUUUAAGCAAGUUGAGUCUAGCACAAGCACAAGAAGUGUUUACCUUGAAUGCAAUUACAAAUGAUUUAGACCAACUGAAGAACUCAUUGAUUGCCAAGUUGUGCAAAUCGACAAGCUUGCAAUAUGAAGAGUGCUACAAUAUGAUUAGUCAAGACGAAAAGGAGAGCUUCCAAGUUGUUGAUGACUAUGAUGAUGUGGGAGACGAUUUGGACGUGCCAGGGGACGACGAAGAAGAUUCGCGAUACGUCAAUGCACAAUUGGAUCCUUCUUGGAUUUCGAUUAUAUACUUCAAGACCCAGUACUACAAGUCCUUAUCACUUUACUUUCAUGCGUUGCAGUUGGAAUCUGGGAGAAAGUACGGGGAUGCAAUUGGCUUUCUAAAUCAAUCGAAAGCGUUGUUGGAGAAUAUAAGUCCACACACGAUGAAAACUAUUUCUAAAGGACAUGGCAACGUGUAUGACUUGUUGGAUAACUACAAUUAUCAAAAGGAUGCAGUGGGAAUCAAGUCAGAUGAGUUGACAAAGGACAAUGAUUUGAUCUAUCACGAUUUGGUCAAAAAAGAUGCCAACUGGAACCAGUUACUGCCGUUGCAGGUUUCGAAAGUUGUUCUCUUGAAUGAUAUUCCCUUGUUGAAGGAGGUCAACGAGCAAGGUUACCAAAACUUUUUAAGCAAUGUUGUGCCAAUCAACAUCCACGAGUUGUCCAGCUUUUACUCAGAGGAGAAAUCACAAUUGUUGAGAAAUGAAAUCGACUACUACGAGGUAUCGAAAGAGGAGACGGAGUCGUUUCUUGAAUCGUUAAAAUUGCCAAAGACGUUGUACCAGAUAAAGCAGGCUUUAGAAUCGUCCAAUGAUGACGAAAUUCCAAAUGAGGUUGUAUCCAAAGUGAGCGCAAUAUCAAGCGCCUAUGAAAAGGACCAAGAGUUUGAAGCAGAAAACGUGAAAUUGAGGCAAAAAAUUUAUGAGACAAUAGUGAGGUUUGAUCCGUAUAGCCACCAGGAUGAAGCAAUUAACCUCAAACGCGCCCUCUAUGAAGCUUCCAACUCGGAUAAAAAGAUAUCUUCUUUGAUUGAAAAGUCUUUUUACAAAACUUUAUCGAAGGGCCCUAAUGCCAAGGAAUUCCGCCAGUUAUUCGAACCAGCCUCUGCUCCGGAAGUUAGCUUGAUUGAUAAAGACGACAGCCAGGAGCAACAAAUUAAAGUGAUGGAGAAUUUCUUUUACGAUUUGGGAACCAUUAAGGCAAAAAAAGCCAAUUUGAUAGAAAGAUUGAAAAAGGAUAUUCAUGCUGAUGACAUUUCCAAUAUUCUAAUGAUAAAUGCAAAGCAAAUGAGCAACAAUGAAAUAAAGAGUGUUAUAUUCCCGGCCGAGUUGAAAAAAUUCCAACCAUUUAUUGAUAAUUUGGACAAUCUAAUCACCAGAGAGAAGUCGAUACUUGCCGAUGUUAAGGCAGAGUGGAGCAGGCUAUUGAGUGAUCCUGUAGUGCGCAAGUUGCAAACUAGAAAUCAUGAGAAAGCUCAGCUAUUGAAUGAUAAUGUGGCAAAGAUUAAUUCUUUUUACGACAAUUGGACACAGUAUCAUGCCGGGUUGGAAAAGGGCAACACUUGGUAUACCAAGCUUCUCCAACACUGUGAAGAAAUUGCAAAUGCGAGCUCACUAAACAAAUCCAUGAACUCGAUGAGGUUAAAUGAUCACCAAGACACAACUUUGCUGGGUGGAACAGCCAGCGCAAACACAACAGGAGGACAAUGGGGCAUGAACUAUGGAAACACUCCGUACGCACAGGUGUCUCCUCUGCAUAAUGCGCCGCCAAUUCAGCCACAAUUUUCUGGCUUUAACAGCCAGCCUUUGCAACCGCAAACAAGCAGCAGUCAGCAAAGUUUCCCACCAAGUAUGCCUCAGUUAAACUCACAGCCCUCAUACUCUAGGCCGCCACAACUACCACCAAAGAAUGUGCAAAACACAUUAUUUAGUUCAAGAGCCGCAACUGCACCAUCACCAGGACUGCACAAUCAAGAGGAAAAGUCAAGAGUUCCACCCUGGCUGCAGGGUAAUAAAAGUUCAGAUUCUAAGAGUGGUCUUAUUUAUGAUCAGCCAUCAACUUAUGAUCCAAAUAUGUAUGACUUUUUUAGCAAGUAA